UCUCCCACCAUGAAGCUCCUGAUCUGCGUGUCCCUCCUGGUAGCUGUGGCUUCUGCCGCUCCUCAGGGCUACAACCUAAACCGGCCAGUAGGCCCAGGCUUCCCCAUUGGCGGCUGCAAGAACGGCGAAAUCCUUAACAUCGACGGCUCGUGCGCCAUUCCCAAGGUCACCCGCCAAGUCUAUGUCUACACCGCGCCUGAACAGCCAAUCAUCAAGGGCCCUCCACCCAUCAUCCCACAACCUGAAGUGAUCAGCAACAUCCUCUUCAUCCGGGCGCCUGAGCAGCCGCUGCAGCCUGAGCCCAUCGUGGUUGGACCUCCUCGCGUCAGCAACGUGGUGUAUGUGCUCAGCAAGAAGCAGCCUAAUCUGGGCCAGAAGGUCAUCGAAGUGCCCGCGCCACCACCCAAGAGUCCCGAGGUGUACUUCGUCAACUAUGGCGAGGGUGAGAACCCCACCCUGCCCGGAGGUGUUGAUCUUCAGUCAGCUCUCAACUCCGCCGCACAUGCUGGAGGCCAGGUCGUUGGAGGCGGCGUUGGUGUGGGAGGUGGCUUUGGAGGCGGCGUUGGUGUGGGAGGUGGCUUUGGAGGCGGCGUUGGCGUGGGAGGUGGCUUUGGCGGCGGCGUUGGUGUGGGAGGUGGCUUUGGAGGCGGUGUUGGUGUUGGAGGAGGAUUUGGAGAUGAUGACUUCAGUGCUGAGGAUGGCUUAGGAGGCGGCUUUGGAGGUGGCUUUGGAGGCGGCGUUGGAGGCGGAUUUGGAGUAAGCGGCGGCGUUUCCAAGCCCUCAGGGCUGUAUGGUGCGCCUUAGAGCCGCUGGGGACCACCUCACAAACAAUACCCCCCCCCCUGAACCACAACUACAGCGCCUGUAACAACCCACACAGCGCCUGUACCCCCCACACUACAGUGCCUGUAUCACCGCUGCUCUUCUCUCCAGUGGUACGAGGCCUCACCGGUAUUUUCUUCCGCUACACCUGUGGCUCAAACAUAUAAUAAUAUUUAUUUUUUAUGUAAAUGGGGAUCUGCACUCGUAUGCGAUGUGUCUAGUCAGACCCAAAAUGUUAUUUUUCUCUCUCAUUAUUUCGCUCUAGAAAUAUACCAUCUUCUGUUGUA